UCCCACAAAGCACUGCGAUGACAGCUGCUUCGGACGUUCGGGGGGGAAACCAUGACAGUCAGCAGCACUUGCGUGGUUGGAAUUUUAACUGGCGACUUUAUCUGCUCUUUGAAGACCUCGCGGUUUCCGUGACGGCUGUGAAAGAAGCCGAACAGACGCUAGAAUGAAGUGACCAAGAAGUCAAGCCGCUAACCUUUAACGAAGACACCGGGCUGAAUCAGAUAUUUGCGCCCAGCGACAGCAGGCGAAGCUUAAGGUGACCAAAAAAAAGGUAAAAGAACCAUCAUUCAGUGGCAGCCAGAGGCAGGCGGCUGUUCGGCUGCAUCUGAAUCCAAGCCAAACAUCUCAACCAGCGUACUCAAAUACAUUUGAUUUGUAAACGAUGUGUACAGAUUCCCAGGCCAGGCACCCAGUUUGCAUCGGAGAUUUGGUGCCAAACCUUCUGCAGCCAAAGCAAGAUUCCAAAAAUCACUGAUUGCUGUUGUCUGUGUGGAUUAGCCUCCACGUGGCUUCAUUUCCUGGUUGCUGUAGCUCAGUGCUUUCUCACCACCUCUUAGAUUUGGCCAAAUGUCCGAGAGGUUGAAGUUCUUCAGUUACUCUAUUGAACACAGUGAGCAGCACUUGUCCAGCUGAAGUUUCCUGCACCAGCCUGGCAAAUCUCAACCAGCUGCAUGAGUGCCACUAUGAAGCCGACAUUGACUUCUGCCCUAUUUGUGGAUGCAAACAGCAGAAAACUCCUUGAAAGAACCAACUGCCAGUUACAUUAUUGAGCUAUUUGUGUCUUUAACUACAGUACUCAGACUUUCAACUUAAAAACUGGACCAAACUUCCCACCCAUGUAAUGUUUUACACCUACAAUUCCCAGCGCUCCAGCUGCAGUCCUAAUUGACACUUGUGGCUCCGUCACUCCCUCUCCAGCACCGCACCCAUUUGCAUUCCUCAAUACCAUGUUGGGAGCAGUCCUCCGACGGAACAUGUCCCAGAAACUGAGUGUGUUGUUGCUGAUUUUUGGCUUGGCGUGGGGACUUAUGCUGUUGCGCUACACAGCACAGCAGCCUCGCCAGAGCAGCUCCGAGCUACGUGAACAGAUCCUGGAGCUCAGCCGACGAUAUGUCAAAGUUCUGACAGAGGAGAAUCAGAACUCUCCAGGUGGGCCACAAGGAACCCACAUGGCUGGUUACGCUGAUCUGAAGAGGACUAUAGCCGUAUUGCUGGAUGAUAUUCUGACACGGCUGGUCAAACUGGAGGGUAAAAUCGACUUGGUUGUCAACGCCUCCGCCACUAACACAUCCCAUGCAGCAGGGGGCAUCCUUUCCUCUGCUCCAGCUUCCCCCCAAAAAGCCCUGAAGCAAGACAAACUGGGCAGCCACCCAGGGACACUACGCCUUCGACCGCAUAUCUCCAAAAGGUCUCGAGCACUUCAGUCUGCAUACCGUUGAAAGAUCAAUUAAAUUUUUAUUUUUCCUUUCUUAGCACAUCACACUUUUCUGGCACAUAUAUAUCAAAGUCUGUUAACAAAAAGCAAUAGGAAGCCUUGUGGACAGCCUCAAACCAAAAAGGUUCAGCAAUGUCGGCACAACCCAGAAAGGAAGAAAAGGAUGGCUGUUUGAUCUGGCCUUUUAAAUGCUUAUAUUUAUUUAAUUAUUUUUUUACAAGAAUUCUAGCACAUUUUUAUAAUAUUAUUGCUGAUUUUAUUUGUCUUAUAUUUUAUCAGUUUUUAAAAAUAAUAUUGUGAUCUUCUCAUGGUAGUUGCAAAACUGUAUGGAAACAUUUGGAACUGAAGGUGAAUUUCAUGUGGUGUCACAGAAACGUCUUAAAAUGCACAUGUAUACUGCAGACAAAUUUAUGAUGCUUAAACAUAUCAAAAUGCUGAACUUAACAGUAGUUAGGAACUGCUGUAUUUCACCCUGUAGCUGACACAGUUGUUGAAUACUGUAUAAGAUUAUUGAUUUAGCUACCCUUUGAGUGAUUAUUUAAAGGAAAUUAAACUGUAUUGUUCACCUGCAAUAGAUAAUCAAAAGGAUUUAAUCCAUUUUAAUUUGUACGCCACAUCAGCAUUCGUGGCAUCCCCAAAAUGUUGCUGGACAUCACGGGCAGCCGAUACCAAGAACUGUGAGUGCUGUAUGGAAUGAGGGCAAAACUCCAGACGUUUUUCCAGGGAAUACAGGUGUUCAUCAGGGAUAUGUUCUGGGUCCUACAGUGUUCUGUCAUGUAUGGAUUGGGUGAAGGGUAGGGUUGUGAAAACUACUGUCUAUGAUGCCUUUGUUGGCCAGAAAAGGUUUACCAAGCUUUGACUUCGUGGUUGAUACUCUGAACUUUUCACAAUCGGUGGAUAGCCUGAUUUCAGCAAACAAGAAGCUAACCGAGGAAUCCUAGAUCAAGACUAAAAUCCUUACUUUUAAUGAUUUCCUGGACUCAGCCAUCAGAAGUAUAUCUUUAUGUAGCAAAAAGUGUUAAACUUGUAGAAAUCUUCACUUACUUCAGCAGUGGCGUUCAUGUCUCUUGGUCCUCUGCCUUUGAGAUCAGAGAUGCCCGGGACGAUCUUACAGAGUCAUGAGGUCACUGGACAGUGAUGUUCUGCAAUCCAGAUGUCUUUGCAGGAGAAUGGAGGUCCAAGUCUUUAGGGUCCUGGUGCCCUCCUGCUUUGCUGUAUGGCUAUGAGUCUUGAGACAGACUAAACAGUGACCUAAGGUGGGGACUAGAUGUCUUUGGUACUAGGUCUCUUCAGAGGAUUCUUGGGUACUGCUGGAAUGACUUUCUGUCAAGCAAGCGCUUACUUAGCGAGUCUCAGAUGAGGAGUAUCAGCCAUGACAUUUUGGUUAUGUGAAGCGUUUUACUCGGCAUGAUCUAGCACAUGGGUGCCUGAGUGUCGAAGACCCCAGUGGUUGGGGAAAGAAGAGAGGACGCCUACAACUCACCUGGUUGUAGAAGAUAGAUGAAUCAUAUCGAGAGUUUGGGAGGGCUCAAAUGCCUGCCUGGGUGGUUGCCAUUUAUGCCCCAAGGCGGUUCCGUGGUGUGAUGGAUGUGAUGAUGCAUGGCACCAGCAUGUACUCCCAGAACUGACCUGACCACAUCAAGGCAGUAAUAGAUGUUUUUAUGUCGGCUGCAAGGCAUUUUGCAAUUUCUGCAGACUAUAAUUGGACAGUAACUGUUUGCUGCUGUACACUUUCUACAUUUUGUGCAUAAUGUUCAGAGUGGUUUUACUCUAUGAUUUGGAAGGGACAGGAUGUGCUGUGUGGCUGGUAGUUGGUUAGUCCUCUAUUGCUGUUAACAUGAGUCAGAUAUUGUGUUUCUCUGAGACUCCAUGGACAUUUUCUAAAAAUAUCAGCCCCAUCCAAGUUUGACAUUAUGGAUAUUUUAGGAUUUGGAGUUCAACCCUCCAGCUUUUCUGCAGGUCCAAAGGAUAGAUUUUAUAAUUGAGAGAUGCCUUUUCUCUGAGCCUGUUUGGCCCAGACAGAGUAUCAUUUUUCUGAUGUUGAAUAAUGUGUAUUAUUAGUGACUUUGUGCUGCAAUAAAAAAAAGAAAUUUCUGAAGUGCUAUAUGGGGAAUUUGCAGAGUGUAAAUGCAAGGAAGGAACACUUUUUCCCCCAUUUAAAACAAAUUAGCAGGAACAACUGUCACUUUGCUUUGUUUCACUGUUUUGCUUGGACAUCACGACUUUUAAGCGGUGUGGCAGCUCACUAUUUUUGUAAUUUUGCUUCUGUAUUCCAUCACAAUAGAGUGCAAAUAAAACAGUCAAGAUGUACUUGUAGUGUGCAGUUGCGUCUUAUAUACAAGAUAUUUAAUAAAAAUAUUCCAUUAAUCAGGAAUGGAGAAACCACUUUUAUAAACGGCCCCUUCAUUUUCAGAGCCUAUAAGUAAUUGGACAUGCUAAAUAUACAGUGGCUUGCAGAAGUAUUCAGCCCCUUGGCAUUUCAUGCAUUUUAAUUUGUUUAUGCCAUUUCAAACACAAAGAAUAAAUCAAGUUUCUCAA